AUGGACGACGCUCCGGACCUGGCGGCCUGGACUGCGAAGCCUCCAACUCAACAGUCAUCCCUGGAACAACGCGAUCCUGUGCAAGCCUCCGAAUCAGACUCCUCCAACCGCCGACAGAGUCCUGCUCCCUCCAACAGUUCGAGCGAUGCGGAGGAUAUCACAUAUGUUGGAAGCCCUACGCAGACGUUUCGAAGUGCUCGUGAAGCCGGUGGCUUCGAGAACGAUUUGGGAGAGGCUGUCCUGCAACUCCAGCAUAAUUUCUAUAUCGACGUUCCACCCAUGCCUGAAGAAGAGAAGGAAGAGUAUGAAUACCUACCAGGCCAUUUCAUGGCGAAGGAGAUCAUAUCUGAGGCCAAAGGAGGUCGCUACGUUGUAAGAUUAAUAAGUGGUGAGAAGCAGCUUGCUACGAUAAGAGAGUUGCAUGCUCUGCAGUACGGCCAAGCUGUACUCCGAGCCUACAAACAAAAAUCAAUCAUCAUGGAAGGGCGCGGAAGACGUACUCGCGGCUGCGAAAAGCCUGUCCAUGCCGGGAUGGUCGACUCUAGCCAGAUCGCUGCUUCUGACUCCGAGGAAGUCGGUUUCCGCAGUGUCCGCGCUACUCGCCGCAAACUCAGAAGAGAUCUUGAAGAUCCUGAUGUGGACAUGACGGACGAAAUUCAAGAUUCAAGUGAGGGUGAAGAAGGAGAUCCCGAAGAAGAGUCCUCCGAGGGGGAAACUCUCGGUCGUCGAUCAAGCCGUCUUAAAGGUACGCAGAAGAUAAACUACAUCCAGACUCAGCUCGAUGUCGAUCUCGAUGAUUCCGAUCAGCCUCGCCGAAGAGGUGGCCGUCUGCGACCAACUCGAGGCCGCGGGGGGCGCACCGGGCGUGGUGCAAGACGAAUCUCGGGCGAAUCACCAGAACCUGCUGUCGGUACCAGACGCUCUGCGCGAAACAGAAUCGGCCCCGUGCGUUCCAUGCGCGAGCGUCAAGAAGACGAGAUCUCAAGUCACUCCGAGAACGACGCCGGACCUAAGGUUGUAGGUACCAAAGAAGUCUUCCUUCGUCUCGAUGAUCAUGAUCCUUUCCGGAAGCGACAUCGUCAGGACUGUGAUAUCUGUGAAAUGAAGGGCGACAAUACAGGCAAAGGCACUCUGGUCUUCUGUCAAGGCUGUACUUCUUCCUACCACAAGUCAUGUCUUGGGUAUCGGGGCACCAGAGACCAUCUUGUUACCAAGAUCGGCGAAGAUAACUUUGUUCUUCAGUGUCGUCGCUGUAUCGGCAUUGCGCAUGAGAAGGACCCGAUCGCACCACAUCUAGGCCACUGCGAAACCUGUCACGAAGCAGGUCCCGACUCCCUGCCAUUCCGGAACCGACUUACCACAACACAAGAGCAAGCGCAGCGCGAGGAGAAUGGCGGCAAAGAUCCUAUCACAAUCGUCGACGCUGACCAUAUCAACAAUCCUGCCAAUGUCCUGUUCCGCUGCUGGCAAUGUCAGCGUGCCUGGCACAUGCACCACCUACCUGACCGCAAGACAGUCACUUCCACCAUUGAGGACGAGGAAGAGGAUAAAGAGCUCUCUGAAGCCGAACUGGGCGAGAAGCGCUACCAGCUAUACCACCGAGGCUGGCGUUGCAAGGACUGCAUCGAGAACAAGAACACCAUCGAUGCACUCGUUGCCUGGCGCCCUAUUGACCUGGAAACAUACAUUCCCGGCUAUCAUCCUGACAUGGUUCAGGAUUCCCAGAAGGAGUACCUCGUGAAGUGGAAAGCUCAAUCUUACCUCAGAGUCACUUGGAUGCCCGGCAGUUGGGUCUGGGGUACCGCUGCCAAGGUGAUGCGUGCUGCGUUCAACAAAAAGCCGGACAAUGCUGUCCCUCGAAUGACCACCAAGGACGCUGUGCCAGAAGAAUAUCUCCGGGUUGACAUUGUGUUUGACGUCCGCUAUUCUAGUGUUGUCCGUAACAGCACAAAAGAAAUCGACCUUGCUCGAGUCCGAGAAGUCGAUAGCGCCCUGAUGAAGUACAAGGGCCUCGGCUACGAGGACGUUAUAUGGGAAGAACCUCCCAGCAUCCAGGAUUCGGAGCGGUGGGUCGACUUUCAGAGCGCCUACACCGACUAUGUUUUGAAGCUUCACACCUCAAUUCCAGUCAGAACAACCCUCAAUCGUCACCUUGCAACCAUUCGCCAGCAAGACUUCGAAAAGUUUGUGCGCAAGGAGCAACCCUCAAAUAUGACUGGUGGCGAGAUCAUGAAGUACCAGCUUGACGGUCUCAACUGGCUCUACUACCAAUGGUUCCAAAACCAGAAUGCUAUUCUUGCGGACGAGAUGGGGUUGGGAAAGACUAUCCAACUCAUUGCUUUCUUUGCUACGCUCGUCCAGGAACACAAAUGCUGGCCAUUCUUGGUUGUGGUCCCGAAUUCAACUUGUCCAAACUGGCGCCGAGAGAUCAAGAAAUGGGUCCCAUCUCUUCGAGUUGUCACUUACUACGGAAGCUCGCAUGCGCGAAAGAUCACUCAUGACUAUGAGCUAUUUCCUCAGCUGGGUGGUGACAAGCCCAAGCGACGUCCCGGAGAUCCAAAAGACAUCAAAGCUCAUAUUGUGCUUGCUUCGUAUGAAUCCAUCACGGAGGAGAAGACUCGAAACAGCUUGAAGAGCGUGCCUUGGCAGGGCUUAGUCGUCGAUGAAGGCCAGCGAUUGAAAAACGACAAGAACCAAGUUUACGAUGUCCUUUCAAAGAACUUCAAGUUCCCUUUCAAAGUCCUUUUGACAGGCACUCCACUUCAGAACAACGUUCGGGAGCUGUUCAAUCUCCUUCAGUUCCUUGACAAAUCAAUCAACGCUGCAGACAUGGAGGCCAAGUAUGCUGAGCUUACCGAAGCUAAUGUGCCCGAACUUCACGACAAGCUGCGCAAGUACUUUCUUCGACGGACCAAAGCGCAGGUAUUGACGUUCCUUCCACCCAUGGCUCAGAUCAUCGUCCCCGUGACCAUGACACCACUUCAGAAGAAAGUGUACAAGUCGAUCCUGGCCAAGAAUCCUACUUUGAUGAAAUCGAUCUUCAGCAGGGAUGCGACAAAUAGCACCAAAGAACGGAUGUCACUCAACAAUAUCCUUAUGCAGCUGCGGAAGACCCUCUGUCAUCCGUUUGUCUAUAGCCGUGAGAUUGAAGAGCGGAGCUACGACCCCAAGAUAGCUCAUAGUCACCUGGUCGAGGCCUCUGCAAAGCUCAAACUGCUAUCCGUCAUGCUCCCGAAGCUUAAGGAUCGAGGCCAUCGCGUCUUACUUUUUAGUCAAUUCUUGGACAAUCUCGACAUCAUGGAAGAUUUCUUGGAUGGACUGGGCCUUAUGCAUCGCCGUCUUGACGGGAGCACCAGCUCACUAGAGAAGCAGAAGAAGAUUGACGAAUUCAAUGCGCCGGACUCGCCAUACUUUGCGUUCCUCUUGUCGACACGUGCUGGUGGUGUCGGCAUCAAUCUCGCCACAGCUGAUACUGUGAUUAUCCUUGAUCCGGAUUUCAACCCGCAUCAAGAUAUCCAGGCCUUGUCUCGCGCCCACCGCAUUGGCCAGAAGCAGAAAGUGCUAGUCUUUCAGCUCACUACCAAAUGCAGCGCCGAAGAAAAGAUCGUGCAGAUUGGCAAGAAGAAGAUGGCACUUGACCAUGUCUUGAUUGAGCGUAUGGAACAGGACGACGAUGCUGGCAUGGACCUCGAGUCGAUCCUUCGUCACGGAGCAGAAGCUCUCUUUGAUGAUGAUGAUGAAGGAAACGCAGACGACGAAGUUGUUUACGAUGAAGCCUCGAUCGAUCGCUUGUUGGAUCGGACGCAGAUGGAGAACACGAAGCUCAACGAGGAUCAGUCGGCCGAGUCUCAAUUCAGCUACGCUCGAGUCUGGGCUAACAAGAAGGGCGCUUUUGAGGAGAGGCUCAAUGGAGACACAACUGGGAACAACACACCCAACCCCGGCAUUUGGGACAAGAUUCUGAAGGAGCGGGAGCGUGCGUACGAGGAGGAGAUGGCACGCAAGGCCGAGGCGUUUGGAAGAGGCAAGCGGAAGAGACAGGCGAGUACAUUAGCUAGCAACUGUUGCAUCGUCACUGACUGGCUUCAGAAUGUCGACUAUGGUGCGGACGGUGCUGAUGGGGAGCUCAUCUCGCCUGAUAAGCGCAAGACGCGCACAGGGAGCGAUGCUGAAUUCGAGGGCAAAGAUACGGAGCAGGAGGACACAGAAGGCACAGAGGCGGAGUCCGACCUUGACAGUAGGCGACCGACAGUGAAAGCACGGCCAUUUCAGAGGGUCAAAGUUCCCACUGGACAUGCACCUUAUUUCGGCACUGGCGGCCCAGGCAACUACAAUGCCAUGAGUUCAUUGCCGCCAGCUCACCACUGCUCUGCUUGUGAUGAAGAGCACCCGAUGGGAUGGUGUCGCCUCAAGAUUGCCGGAGUCGAGCAUUGCGGAUUGUGUGGAAUUGCGCACCUUGGACACAGUCGCACAUGCCCUCAUCUCAACGAUGAAACUCAGGUCGGACGUCUAUUGCAAACCCUCAAAGAGUCUCCAGAACCGCGUGAGCAUGUGGAAGCAGCAACCAAGUAUUUGCGCAUGAUUCGGGGUGACCUGGUCCAGCGCAAGCGCAGGAAGAUGGAGCAGGACCAGAACCGAUUGAUGCAGCAGGUGGCAGAGCAACGUCUGGGGGAGCAGCAGCCUCGUCCUGGGCUCCCUGAUCCAGCUGCGGUGCACCAGACUAACGGCUAUCAUCACGCUCCAAAUGGCAUGUUGGAUGGGCUCAGAGCAGUAGGGGAGAGUGUGAGAGCCGUGAGUGUGGCGUUACAGGGCAACUUACCGUGA